AUGCGAGCUCACGCGUCGCUGGUGCAGAGGACCACAGCCCGUGGUCUGCGCCUUCAACAGCAUCCUGCGACGUCGUACGUGUGCCGACAGUGCAGGGCCAUCCAGAUCAGCUCAGCUCCUAGCACGGAUGCGCCGCGAGCUGGCGGAGAUGCCUUUGGGUCGUCGAUCGAGCCUCUGAGGCAUGCGGCCGAUGCCCGGUUCGAAGUGCUUGGAUCGCCCUACUCGGUCCUCUCGGUUACGCUGUCAGCCUCGCAGAGGCUGUAUACCCGGAGGGGCACAUUGGUGGGCGUGGCAGGCAAACCAGACAAUGCCCAAUCCACCCUGUCCAUUCUCAACCCCCUCACGCGAGCGGCUUUUGGCGUCCCGUUCCUGUACCAGCGCAUCUCGGCGACGACCCCGAUAACGGCCCUGAUCUCGACCAAGGCCCCGACGACGUCCUUCUCUGUAGUGCACCUGGACGGCACGACAGACUGGAUGGUGUCGCAGCGGAACGCCCUGCUGGCGUGGACGGGUCACACGCUGACGCCGUCGGCGCGCAUCCAGAGCGGCUUGUCUCUCGCCCACUGGGGCAGCACGCACCUCACCGGUCGCGGCGUGGCCGCCCUCUCCGCCCCGGGCCAGAUCUACCGCCUCACCCUGGCUGAAGGAGAGGAGUUCGUCGCCCACCCAGGCAGCGUGGUGGCGUACUCGGUGUCGCGCACCCCGCCUCAGCCGUUCCGCUUCAAGAGCUCCAGCUUGCGUCUGCAAGUCCCCUCAUCUCUGACGUCGUGGCUCUCGCCCUCCUCCGAGGCCGAGUGGCUGCGCAACCUGCGCGCCUCGUCGGCCUACAAGGUUGUCGCCCGCGCCCUCUACGGUCUGCGCACCUCGGCCCGCCGCACCAUCUGGGGUGACCGUCUGUUCAUGCAGUUCACCGGCCCUACCACCCUCCUCAUGUCGAGCCGCGGUGUGCGCGUCGCCGACUCCCUCACGACCGAGCAGGUCAAUGAGAUUGCCGACGCCCCUGCCGGUGUCGUCCCCCAAGCUGUCGAGUUGGCUUCUAAGCCCACCGCUGCCAUUGAGGCUGGCAAGACGGCGGAGAAGCAGGCCCCUAGUGCUGUCAGCGUUGCGCCUACGCUAAAGGAUGGCAAGGUGACAUUUGAGGAUAAGAAGGAACUCAAGGAGACGCUGUAA